AUAUUAUUUUAAAUUUUUUAAAAAGGAAAAAAACCACCACGAGAAAGAACACAUUGUUUCCCGGCACUCAAGUGAUACUCUUCUCUUUGAAAUAUUUCAAUGGAUUCUUAAGGUAAAUCAAGUGCUUGCUCUUGACUAGGUCCGAUGUUUCGCCCUUACACUUAUGGUCCAAGAGCUGCAUGGCUUUGGAUCAUUGAGUACGUAUCAAGCUUUCCCCAGCUAGAUAUUUCCAUUAUAUCCGGUCUGAUUGAAACAGCUCCAAUUUUACCAGAGGACCUAGAAGAAAAUACAAGUGAAAGGGUUGCUUUAAGAUGCUUGGAGGAGUUAUUUGGUCCUCAAAACAGUCAUGGAAGUGUUUCUCCUGUUUCAAGAGCUGUUUUGAAUCCUUCUGCAAGCUGCGAUGAUGUUCUUGAUCACAUACUGUAUCACAUACUGCAAAAGGUCCCAUUAUCUGAUCUGAAAAAUGCUGGACCAGAGCUUUUGAGAUGGGAUGGUCACUCCUUUAUUGAGCAUAAAAGAGCCACCCUACCUAAAUGUGCAUUAGAACAGUUGAAAGAUGUUAUUUUGCUGGACGAUCCUUAUCUUGAUGGCAAUGAAAAUGGGCCUCCAUCACGGUCUGAUGACAGCAAUGAUGAAAAUGGUAAUCAAGAGGGUAACUUGAUUCCACAAAUUAAAAAAAAUGAAGAGUUGCUUGGAAGAAAUCCAAUUCCGUCAAAGAGGUCUAGAGAUGAGUUGGUUGCUGGAAAUUCGAAGGGAGUAGUCAGUGUUAACCAUGGUAGUAUGCAAUGUGAUCUUCAUUUGAAUGCAAAGAAGUCAAAGCUAGUUGCAAAUCCCACUUGUACUAUUCAGGCUGUUGCGGAGCUUCCAAUUCACCUGCAUGGUGAUGAUGAGCAGUUGGAAGAUGAAUCUCAAAGGAUUAUGAAGGUUACUGAAAUAGAGACUAAUAACUUGGGAAAGGUUUCUCAGAUAGGCGAGGGUGAUCAAGAUUUAUGUGUUGCCUCAAGGACCCCUGGGCUGAUGGUCGAGCAAAAGCAUGGAGAUAUAAUUUGCCCAAAUGUUGUGAUUGACGAAUCCAGUCCUGUUGAAAAUGGUGCACCGGUAAAGGAAUCUAGUGGUGAUGCGGGUGGAAAUAUUGAUCAAGAUUUUACAUCAAGUUCCCAAAAUUCUACCUCCGCUGAUGGGUUGCAAGAAAAUGUUGAUCUGAUUGGGGAAAAAGCUGACAUGGAUCAUCCUUGUGUGGAACAAAUAUGCGAAGAUGAAGAUGAGAUCUUUAACAUUUCCUUAAAGAAGAACCUUUUCUUGAGUUCACAGCGCAUGGCAAGUCAAGAUCCUGUGCAAAAUGCUGACUGGACAGAACAAAAUUCUUGUGUCAAGUGUAAUCAAAAUGGUCAGUUGUUGGUCUGUACUUCUAGUGGUUGCCUGCUUGCGGUUCAUGAGAGCUGCUUGAAUUGCCCUGCAAGAUUUGAUGAUAAGGGCCACUUUCUUUGCCCUUUCUGUGCAUGCUCUGUUUCCAUCUCAAAUUACCUAGAAGCUAAGAACAAGAUCAUCUUGGCAAGGAAGAAACUAGUUGCAUUUAUGGGGCUUAUGGGAAAACUUAUUCAGGAGCAGGGGAGGUCUUGGAAUCAUUCAAAAUUAAAUGGCAAUGAAAACCUUGCUGGAAUUCAGGAGAGUGGGCAUCUAGGAAGAGAGCAUGAACACAAACAGGAAGAACUACCAGCCAAGCUUAAAACCUCUGAUGAUAAUCCAACCACUGAAAACACUGAAACUUUCCCCAUAAAUCAGGUAGAAGUUGAAGGACAUGACAUACUAAAGGAAGUUGUAGGGCCUCAGAUUACUGAUGCACGUCAGAAACUUGUCAAUAGUGAUGGAGAGGAAUCAUCUACCAGUGCAGAUGAUAAGUAUAUAAUAUCUAGUCAUUCUACAAGGUCCAAAAAAAGUGAGACAAGGCAAUCAUUCUCGACAACUCGACGAUUGAGGAGAAAGAAAGCUCCAUGGACGAAUGACGAAGAAGAGAUGCUCAAGAAGGGACUGCAGGAGAUUGCAAAUGAGGAUGGGACAGUUCCAUGGAAGAGAAUUUUGGAGUUUGGUACCAAUGUGUUUCUUAUGGAUAGGACUGCAACAGACCUCAAGAAUAAGUGGAGAAGUAUGUGCAAGGGUAGCCCGGGAUGCAAAUGAUAUGAUGUCACAGCCUUGUGAUUUUGCAUCUUAUAUAUCUCGGUUAAGUCAUCUCUUUUUGUUUUAAAGGAAGUAGGUGAGUUCAAUAGCUCUGUUAUGAUUUACUGUAUUCAGGGCUAAAGCAUAAGUAAUAGGAAGUUGGAAAUGGGUUUUCCCCCUGUUUUUGUCUUUUGUGAAAUGACAUACUUGUUUGCCUUUGAUGGAACUGGAAGCCAGUAUUUUGAAUGAUGUUGGUAUAUAUCAUCUAUGUACCUUUGGUCAUCUCAAAUGCUAAGGUAUGGCUAGUUUACUUAAA